GCUCGAAGGCAAGGCCCCCGUGUUGGGAGGGCGGUGGUGUUGAUGUCAGCGUGGAGAGAAACUCCCAGCCAGCGGGGGCUUCCUGCGGGAUGACAGCGGCAGGGGCGGAUCGCCGUGGAUACGACAGUCUUUACUAACCAUAUACGCGCUUUUACCGCACAAAAUGUUGCUAUUAACCCCCGGGAAGUGCUGGUUGUUCAAUCUCAUGUGGCAGGCUGUCUAGUUAAUUAGCUGACUGCUGCAGAGCGAGUUUGCUCAUCAUUUGUGGACAUUUACGCUGGAGCAUCAGGGCAACUGUGGAAGUUUGUCAGCUCACCGAAGACGCGAUCCGCACAGUGAAGAUUAAUUAUCUGCCCCGGAGAUAAAGAUCGCGAACCGAACUGCUGCUGUGUGAUGGAGCCCGGUUCAGUGGUCCGCUCCGUGUUUGAGUUCCUGCCCAGUGUGUCCGAGGAGCUCCCCCUCUUCGCCGGUGAUGUCAUAGAGGUCCUCAGCGUGGUGGAUGAGUUCUGGUUGCUCGGCAACAAAGAUGGAGUCACAGGCCAGUUUCCCAGUACAUUUGUGGAGCCAGUUACAAUCCCCAGCACCAAAGCUGGAGAAAAGCUGUACGUGUGCAUCAAUGACUUCAGCGCUGUGGAGUCGGGGAACCUGCCCCUGAAGAGAGGUGACGUGGUGGUGGGGGAGGGCAGCGUGGACUCCACCUGGCUGAGGGGGCGGAACUGCUGGGGGUCGCGAGGGGUCGUCCCCACAUCUUGCGUCAAAGAGCUCCGCCUCUCCUGCAGAUCCCGCCAGCUGUCCCAGCGGGCUGCCGCGGCGACGACCUCCGACCUGCCCGAGCACGCCCUGGGCCAGGCGCGGGCACUCAUGAGCCUGUCCGCCCAGCUGGAGGAGGAGCUGGACUUCCGGGAGGGUGACGUCAUCACCAUUGUGGGCGUGCCCGAGCCGGGCUGGUACGAGGGGGAGCUGGAGGGCCGCAGGGGCGUCUUCCCCGAGGGGUUCGUGGAGCUGAUCGCCCCGCUCCGGGCGGCGGGGGCCUCGCAGGAGACUGGUCGCUACGGCAACUACGAGGAGGGGGAGGAUCAGGCACCGGGGGAGGAGCCGGUGAUCAGCACGGAGGAGGAAGAGGAGGAAGAAGAGGAGGAGGAGGAAGGCUUGGGCGUGUACGGGGUGGCUCUGUACGAGUUCCGGGCGCUGGAGCCGGGCGAGCUGGACUUUGACGUGGGUGACAGAAUCCGCAUCACAGGCACGCUGGAGGACGGCUGGAUGGAGGGGUGUGUCCGCGGCCGGAGGGGCGUCUUCCCACACCGAUUCGUCAAAAUCGAGAACCGCCACGCCGUCCCUGAGAGCAGGGAGGAUGAGCUGCCAGCCUCUGACCCCACCCCCAGUACGCAGGGUGGGGAGGAGUACACCUCCGAGUGUAGCUCCGUCCUGCAGGAGGAGGCCCGGGACACUGCCCCUGCCUGGACUGGCCCGGAGGACCACACGGUGUGGGACCUAGACUACUUUGAGCGCCGGGAGGAACGCGGUGCCACAGACAGGAAGUGGGCGGGCGAUGAGUCCCCUGCCGCGAGACCCAGCCCACCUCCCGGGAGUCAGCCGAGACGUCCGGGAUCAGCGCGAGGGGGCAUGGCUCGGCCCGGCCCCGCCCUCACACCCGCCCACAGGGAGCAGCAGAGAGCCAACUCAGCCAGUCCUACACCCCCCCCGAAACCGCGCCUGCCCCCCCGCCCCAGCCCGCCCUCCUUCAAUAACAGGCUGUUUGGCAGUCGGAAGGCGGGGAGUGCCGGUGGGGACUCGGGGUCCCCCCCAGCACCCGCUGUCAGAACCCUCAGCCUCACCCCAGGCCGGAGCGGCCACCAGAGCCCCCACCCCACCAGUGGCCCACGCAGCAGCACAGGCCUGCUCAGCCCCCGAAAGCUGACCCGCCACUCCAGUGUGACGGACUCCGACAUGCUGCCCGGCUGCCGGGGUGAGCGGCGGGCGGAGCCUCGCGAGAGGAGCACCAAUGGCCUGUCAGGCUCCUUCACCCUGGACAGCCUUUCAGCCGCUGUGGGGGACCUGGACACCAAGCUGUCCCAGCAGCUGGCCGAGUUCGAGAGGAGCCUGCCAGGCAGCGGGUGGGCGGGCGGCGGCGGGGGGGGCCGGGUCUCGCGCCACUUCUCCAUUCUGGACUACAGCACAGAGAGUGACAUCAUCAGAGGCUCCUCCCACUCCCCUGUUUACCUUCAACCAGAAGCCCCGCCCCCUUCCACCUCCUCCUUAGAGAGGCGCAGAGUCCUGAGGCCGCCCCCGCCCCGCCCCAGGAUCCUCAAACCGCAACCGUCCCGGCCCUCUCCAGCGGGGGGCAGUCGGGGUCCCCCCCUCCCCUUCAGACCCGCGAGACCGGCCCCCAGGCCCCCCCAGCCCGUCCCGCGGCGGGAUGGCGCCUCUCCCCGGCCGCAGACCUUCUUCAUGCCCGAGGAGGAGGAGCAGGAAGAGGACGAGCCAGAGGAGGCAGUGGAGGUGGUGGAGGUGGAGCCAGAGGUGGAGCCAGAGGUGGAGCCAGAGGUGGAGGCGGAGUUGGAGGCGGAGCAGCGCGAGGCUCUGGAGCGAGAGCGAGAGCAGGAGCAGUACGACCUCCUCCUGCGCCUCCAGGAGGUGGAGCGGGACAUAGAGGCAUACACCCACACCAUGGAGGAGCUGCGCCUCAUGCUGGAGGAAGAGGAGGACGAGACGGCCCGCGCCCAGGCCCUCGAAAACCUGGAGUUCUGCACCUAUACCAUCGACACGCUGACCCUGGAACAGCAGCAGCUGCGAGAGAUGACGCUCCUGUCUGCGCAGCCGAAGUCGUUAGAGUCUGCCCCGGUCUCCACGGCUGCCACAGAGGAUCCUGAGCAGAGGAUGAUGGAGAAGAGGUCAAAGGUCAUUGAGGAGCUGCUACAGACGGAGAAGGACUACAUCAAAGACCUCCACAUGUGUGUCAAAGAGAUCAUCAUGCCUUUACAGAAGAAACAGGUACAGAACGUGGACUUCGAUGGCCUCUUUGGGAACAUAAACGCAGUGAUCGACCUCUCCAGGCGUCUGUACAAAAGCCUGCAGGACACAGAUUCCAUAGGAAAGGUUUUCCUGGACUACAAGGCAGAGCUGGAGGAAGUGUACAAGAUCUACUGCCAGAACCAUGAUGACGCCAUUUCCCUCCUGGAGGGCUACGAGAAGGACGAGAACAUUCAGAAACACAUUCUGGAGUGCCUGGAGAAGCUGAGGGCCCUGUACCGAGAGUGGGGGAAGACCAACUACAUCAACCUGGGCUCGUUCCUGAUCAAGCCGGUGCAGAGGGUGAUGCGCUACCCCUUGCUGCUCAUGGAGCUGCUGAACACCACGCCCCAGGCCCACCACGACCGGCCGCAGCUCACCGAGGCCGUCGCCUCUGUCAAAGAGAUCAACGUCAACAUCAACGAGUACAAGAGGAGGAAGGACCUGGUGGUGAAGUACAGGAAAGGAGAUGAGGACACUCUGAUUGAUAAGAUCUCCAAGCUCAGCAUGCACUCCAUCAUCAAGAAAUCCAACCGCGUCAGCAGCCACCUCAAACACCUGACGGGCAUUUCCCCCCAGAUCAAAGACGAGGCGUUUGACGAGACGGAGAAGCGUUUCAGGCUGCAGGAGAGACUCAUCAAGUCCUUCAUCAGAGACAUCUCUCUGUACCUGCAGCACAUCCGAGAAUCUGCCUCAGUGAAGGUCCUGGCUGCCAUCAGCUUCUGUGACAUUUACACAGACCGGAACCAGGUGGACCCAGAGCGCUUCCAGAGAGCACACCGCUGCAUCAGUGACAAGCAGUUCACCCAGUUUAAGGAGCGGACGGAGAGCCUGGUCAUCUCCCCCCUGACACAGCUGCUCUCCAUGUUCGCCGGACCCCACAAGCUGAUCCAGAAGCGCUUUGACAAGCUGCUGGACUACGACAACUGCAAGGAGCGGGCGGAGAGGAUGAAGGACAAGCGCGUGCAGGAGGAGCUGCAGACGGCGCGCAACAACUACGAGGCGCUGAACGCGCAGCUGCUGGACGAGCUGCCCAAGUUCCACCGCUCCGCCGAGGAGCUCUUCACCAGCUGCGUGCGCGGCUUCGCCCAGGUGCAGAGAGACUUCGUCAGCCUGACGCUGGGAGAGCUGCAGCCGCUGCUGCAGCUCUCGGGCAUGGCGGGUACCGACGGGAAUCUGGUGGCGAUGUUCCAGGAGGAGCACAACCGCGUCACGCAGCUGCUGCAGAGCUUCAGCUUCUUCCCCGAGACGCAGCCCACACUGCGCAAGCCCUUCGAGAAGAAGACCGCCGAGAGACAGACCUCCAAGAAGCAGCUGCUGGGCCCGCCUAACUACGUGCUGCAGACAGAUGACCAGCGGGCGGCGCUGUUGGCCCGGUACGGCCCGGAGAAGCUGUUCCAGGCGGAGAGGAACUUCAACGCGGCUCAGGAGCUGGACGUGUCCGUGCUGGAGGGGGACCUGGUGGGUGUCAUCAAGCAGCAGGAUCCCAUGGGCAGCCAGAACCGCUGGCUCGUCGAUAACGGAGUUACCAAGGGCUUUGUGUACAGCUCCUUCCUGAAGCCCUACAAUCCUCGCAGGAGCCAAUCAGACGUGUCCAUCGGAAGCCACUCCUCCAAUGAGUCGGGAUAUGGAGGUUCCUCCCCCGUCUUCUCCCGCCAGAACAGCAACAGCACGCUAACCUUCAACCAGGAAACAGCAGCAGUGAGCUUCUCCACGGCCCCGCCCCCAAGCAACUCCGCCCCUCAGGAGCCUGCCCCCUCCCGGAGGACCCCUCACAGGGACGCUCCGUCACCCAGCCGCAACCCAACCAAUCAGAGGGGCCAAUCUGACCCCUCCCACCGCACGCUGACCAAUCACAGGGACCCCUCAGACUUCUCCCAGCGUAAUCAGACCAAUCACCGGGACCAGUCCGACACUUCCUACCGACAUCCCUCCAAUCAUAGGGACCCAUCCGAAUCCUUCCACACAAACCCGACCAAUCACAGGGAUCUGUUGGACUCGUCUGAGACAGACUCCUGCUCCUCCCUGAGACACACCCAGCAGUACGGCCAAUCGGACACUGCCUUCGGGUCCAUUCUGCGCCGCAACGGGGACUGUGACCCUCAGAGGUCAGCUCGGUACCCCCCCGAGGAGCAGGUUGAGCCAGAGCUGCAGCCAGAGCCCGACGGCCACCAGAUCUACUACGCCAUCUACCCGUUCAGCGCACGCUGUGCCAAUGAGCUGAGCAUCGCAGCCCACCAGCGCGUGCGCAUCCUCGAGUUCCACGACAUGAACGGGAACGAGGAGUGGUGGCUGGGCGAGGCGGGGGGGCGCCGCGGCUACGUGCCCUCCAACUACAUCCGCAAGUCCGAGUACACCUGAGCGCGCCUGAGCAGGCCCGCAGCCGGCCGGCUGCCGACGCGCCACCGAAUAAAGAGCCACGCCUCCCCCCACCCAGGGCCAGCCAGACGGGCGGUGGGUGCCUUAUCCAUGCACACAGACUGCUGUGGAGUUGGACAAAUCUUCUUUGGGAACUUUCAGUGCUGCUGAUAUGCUACACACAGAAAAAAAAAUAUAUAUAUUAUAUAUAUGACUAUAUUUAUAGGUAUUUUCCAUUCUCUUUAGUUGUGGAGCUUCCCUGUCUCCAGGUUGAGGGGAGCGGUAGUCAGGAUGUAGGCCUGCGCAGGGACGGCUGUGGAUGUGAGGGGUUUUGUGCUGUGGGAACGUGGAAGAGUGCGAUUUUCUCUGGUUCUUUAUGAAGAUUCUGAACAUCACCAGUGUUAGAGAAAAAAACACUAAACAAGCAUGCCGGUGAUCUGCGACUCAGAGGCAUAUGAAUAAAUAUGACCUAUACUGCAUAACACUCAAAAUGUGUAAAUAACUCAGCUGGUUUACCCACAGCUGGUGUUGAUUCGUUAAAAAGACACCGUGUGACCGCAGAAACUGAAGCGGGGGUGGAGUCAUGAAAGCAUGUGAUACUAACACCAGUGCUGACCUGCAGGGGGCAGGGCAGCCAAAAUGCGCUGACAGCAGCGCCAGAGAUGGCGUGCACUUCCAGGCCGCUUGGAGCCGUCUGAAAACACGCAUCCCAGGAAAAGCGUUUGGUAGGACGCGCAGCCCCAAGCAUUUACCUUUCAGCUUCGACAAGGACAGUGUGCGUCAGAUGCAAAACGGAGAAAUGUUUUUGAUUGCAAUUCAAAGUGUUAAUGAGACAUUUUUGAUGUGAAAUACAGUGUGGGAUUUCUAUUUUUAAAGUUAAUUUUUGAUUAACUUCCAUUGUAAUCUUUUUCUCUUACUUUUCUUGUUUUUUGCAUCUGAGGUACUUUGUGCUAAUGAGCUCAGGAUGGCCAAACAGAACAUCUUCCAGGGUGUUCACAUUUUUCCCCUCUUCAGGAAACUUAAUUGUAAGCUGAAGCUGCGAAUCACUAAACACAUUAAAUAUUAACAUUAUAGAAGUAUUGCUGAUGAGUCACAGAACAGCACCCCCUGGUGUCCUGUAGUGAUCACACGAACCCUCAUACACACAUCCCUCUCUGAGACUCCUCACUCUCUCCAGUUCUGUUUUUUUUUUUCUUUUUCUGAAAUGGAAGAAAGGCUGUGCAGGGGAGGCGUAAGUGAGAGGAGAAGCUGGCGUUUGUGCGUGAGUGCUGUGGUGAAGUUGUGUAGCUGGCGGCUGUGAUCCUGGACUGGUGCAGUAGACAGGUAGAUCCAGCCUGCUGUCUGUGAACUCUUCUAAAGUUUGAGCCCUGAGAACACUAACUGUCCAAUGGGAGCUGCAUUCCGCAGGGUGUCAUUAGCCAUGCCCUCCAUGGCGCCUGGGUAAGCCUUGAGUUCCGCUUUGAAUUCCCAAGAUUCAGCAGAACAGUGGAAAUCCAACUGACAUUCACCUCACUGCACAGGCCUGGAUCACACUUUCUGCAAAAUGCAAAAUGCUGUCCAUGCCAAAACGUUUGAGAGAAAAUGAAAUGAAAACACACUGUGCCGUUUAAACUCAUCCGAAGCCCUUUAGAUAUCUGCGUUUGGGAAAAUUGAGGUUUUAUCAUGGAGACGGUGGGACUGAGCUGGAUAGUCACCCCCUAGUGGCGACGUCUGUUUCAGCGUUUCUGUUUUUUUUUCCCAUUCAACAUAUCCCUAAUGCUGUUUAUGGAGAAUUUUUUCACUUCUGUGUCAAGUGAUUUUUUUUUUUUCAUCUGAAUAAAAACAGAUCAGUUAAUCUGAUAUCCAGAAUCUGUCACUGCUUUGGUGAAGUUUGUGUCUCAGAUUUUUUCCUGCUUAUUAUAUUUACCCCAUCCCAUGGUUUUAAGGUCCAAUUUAUACUGUUUCAAACGUUUUUUGAAAUGGGUAAACAGGAAAAGCCAAGAAAGCAGGUAAUGAGAAUUCUAUUAUUGCUGUGGCUAGUUUACAUGUCUGCAUGAUUACUGUAAAUAUCAAUUUUAAAACCUGUUCUUAAAAAACA